UUUGUAAUUUUUGUUAUUAUAUUUUUAAAAAACAUGUUUAGAAGUUAAAUUUUCUUACUAGAAAUUUCUCAGGAAAUUGUAUUUCCAAUACAUAUUUUCAAGACUGUUUUAAAUUUAAUAUUUUAAAUGAAUUCCAAAAAAUUCGAUGUAAUAAUAUAUGGGGCCAGCGGUUUUGUAGGAAAAUGUGCUGUCUUACAGGCAUUGGAGGUAUUGAAAGACUAUAACUGGGCCAUAGCAGGAAGAUCAGAGCAUAAAUUACAAAUGGUAUUAAAAGAAAUUUCAGAUAAAACUGGCAAGAAUCUAACAAAUAUACCAAUAUUACUAGCAAAUGCCCAUGAUUUGGAGAAACUGGAACUAUUAGCAGCCAAAUGUAAUGUUCUAGUAAAUUGUUGUGGACCUUAUCAAUUAUUAGCGGAAAAUAUUUUAACCAGUUGCAUCAUGCAACGUACCCAUUAUGUGGAUAUGUGCAAUGAUCCUUAUUUAAUGAAUUAA